AUGUAUAAUCGUACCUUAUUACCCGAGAGGUUGUUAACCAACAUCACCAUAUUGGUGCCUAAUGGAACUACGCAGCAUGGCAACGAGAGACUGCUGUGUCUACCUAUCACUUCAGGCUAUUGGCCUUCGAUCUCUUCCGUGAUCAUCUUUUUCGCGGCCAAUUACUUGGCACAUGCCGCCACCGUCAAAUCAAGCCCUGGAGACGCAACUCUCGUUCAAGCCUGCAAUGCUUUUCUGGCUCUGAUGUUCCCAAUGUCGGGACUCUUACGCGCUCUCAACUCAAUAUUCAGAUACUCUCGGUCCGCCAAAACCGCAUUGGAGAAGGCCUGCAAUGCUGGAGCAUUGUGCAUGGUUGUUCGCGAUCGUCAUUGGCAACCUGAGAGACCCUCAGACGUACGAGUCCGUGUAGUACACCGUUUCGAAGAGGUUCAUGAUGAGCCGCACAUCUACGCUGAUUGGACAACGUACCUUCCUUCAUACGCCAGAGAAAAGCCCUCGAGUUGGGUACAUUUCGACUCAGUCUGGGCGCAAUCCUACGUGAAUCCUAGAUUGAAAAGGAUCUACGGCACGUUUGCGCUCCCGGAAGGAUACACGUUUGCUAUCGUCCCACGAGAUACGUUCCUACUAGCCAAGGGAGCUCCAAACAGACGUGGCGACAAUUGCUCAGUAAGCGACAUCAGUGCGUCGACAAGCAGUUUGAAAGCUGUCGCCUCGAUGGUUCAGAUCAUAGCGGCUUUUACGACUCUCUUGUCACAUCGUUCUGACUUGACUGGUCGUUGGGGUUACGCUUCAUAUCAUCUCACAGUCAUACCCUAUCUGUUCAUGACUCUUGUCAAUCUGGUCAGUAACUUGAUCAUCGCAGACUAUCCUUGUCUGUAUAUGGUUCGGACCGACACAAUGGCGGAAGCUGAGAGAGCAGGUGGCAUAUUCGAAGCCGAGGUUGCGCAGACCGUCACUCUGACCGAUGAAGACGUCGAUCUCAACGAAGACGCCCCAUAUGGCGGGAUCACAAUUGAGAAAAUCGUCAGCUUCGUAACGACUUUCACC